CGUGCCUCCUUGGCCGGGCCAGCGCCAAAUUUGCGGAGGAAGCACCUGAAGGUUUACGGAAGCGCACGGGAGCGUUAGCGUGGGUCGUCUGGUGCCGAACUACGUUUCCCAGCGGGCAUCGCGUGCGGAGGGGUCUUUCCUGAGAGUUGGAACGGUGUAAGCAACGCCGCAAGUAACGCCGCAGCGGUCUCUGCUAAGCUUUUCAAGAUGUCCAACAAAGAAUCUUGUGGAAAAGAAGAAAGGUCUCAGAGAAAUGGUACCAUCUUAUCCAUCUAUGACAAAGACAAGAAUGAGAAAACAACCUUAUCAGAUUCUGCUAUCUCUGCCUACUCUAUAAAAUCAGAUUCAUCAGAGAAGAGAAAAUUGAAAUCAGAUCAUAUAGACAUUCAGUACUCAAAUACAAAAAGAAGACAACUGAAAAGAUUGAAUUUAGAAACUGACGUAUCCAGAAAGAGACCAGAACUCAGUUCUUCAUCCCAAGGACCUAUUAAACUACAGGAAGCAUCAUCUUUAAAUAAUAAUCAAUUUAUUUCACAGAGUACUUCAGAUGGAACUAGAAAUUAUAGAAAAUGUAAAGAAAUUAAAUUGAUAAAUGUUACACAUAAGCUUAGCCAUGGAAUUAAAUACCUUAACAAUCCUAAAAUUACCAAAGAUAUGAAACCUAAAGUAGAAGGCCAAACAAGGGAAAAGAAAUGGCCUCAUCGGCUUGUUCAGACAGAGAUGAUGAAAGAACUCAAGAGAGAAAGAAACAAAUUUAGAGACAAUUCUGAAAAAUGUAAAUGUAAGAAAAAUCAAUUUUCUCAAGAUUAUAAUUCCAAUAAAAUUAUUCAUGAACCCUUUGACUCUAGAAAAAAGAUCAGCUUCAAAAUCCCAGUAAAAUCCUGUAAUACCCUCCAGAAGCUUGUAGAAGAAAAUGUCUUCAAUUUAGUUUCUGAUAAGGUAAAGACUAAGCAGGAAGCAAGAGAAUUCCCAGAAGGAUCCCAGGUUUCAUUAAAUUUGACCAGGCAUAAAGCUGAAAAUUUACUUUUAGAUUCCACAUAUAAGCAGACUGUUCGUGAUCAUAAAAGAAGAAAUUAUCAUGAGCAUCAAGAAAGUAAUGAUUCAAGUUCUAAGGAAAACCUUACCCAGGGUUUUGAAGCACCAUGUUCUUCAGUGUCACCUGAAAAUAUUGAAGAUACUGAUCAAGAGAUGCAGAUAGUAGAAGAGCUUCAUGCUGCACGUGUAGGAAAAAGUGUGGAUUUAACUGUGAUUCCGCCUUCUGGAGAGUUAAUGAAUAUGGAAAUUGACUUGGUGGAAGAUGAUGUACAUUCUUCUGCUGCAAAUACUAUUUCAGACAAAAAGCUUUUUCUUAUUGUUAUUGACACAAAUAUCCUGAUGAAUCAUCUCAAAUUUGUUAGAAUUUUGAAGACAACAGAAAUAUCAGGCUUUGAAAGACUUGUGUUAAUAAUUCCUUGGGUUGUUGUGCAAGAGUUAGAUCGAAUGAAGGUAGGAAAAUUACUAAAACACGCCCAGCACAAAGCUAUACCUGCAGUUCAUUUCAUCAAUGACAGUCUCAAAAGCCAAGACAAAAAGCUAUGGGGUCAGUCAUUACAACUUGCUUCUCAAAAACUUUAUGGAUUGAGUGAUGAGAACAAUGAUGAUCGAGUAUUAAAAUGCUGUCUUCAGUACCAGGAAUUAUUCCCUAGUUCUCUUAUAAUUCUGUGCACGGAUGAUAGAAACUUAAGAAGCAAAGGCCUUAUAAGUGGUGUGAAGUCACUCAGUAAAGAAGAAUUAAGUGCAGAGUUAUUAACCUUAUCCCUGAACACAGAUGUGUGUCAUCCGCCUUGUAUAUCUAAGCAACAAUUGAAAGCAGAAGCAAAACCUGUAGAAGAGACCUCUGACGAAAAAUCUGCCAAUUCUGGACUAUCCAUUGUACUCGAACGCAUUAUAACUGAUCUUGAAAGAUCUCUUGGAACAGCUUUAUCUUCAAUAUUAGAAACAGAAAUGAAAAUUGCUUUUGGGAACCUUUGGAUGGAGAUGCUGUACUUGAAACCACCGUGGACUCUAAUACAUUUAUUACAGUGCUUUAAAAAACAUUGGUUGGCUGUAUUUGGAUUAGUUGUGGAAAAGAACUUACUUUUAACUGUUGAGAGCCUAUAUGAAAAUCUUUGUAAAGCUAAUAAUGCAGUGGACUUUACAACUGUGAAAUUCUUGCUUCAAGAUUCUAAAAGCUUGUUACACGCUUUUAGUAUAAGGUCAAAUUAUGAUGGUAUUCUUCCACAGGCCUUUGCUCAAAUAAGCAGACUACUACAGAUAUUUGCAGAGGUCAAGACAAAAUUUAAGCCAAAUUCUUCAGAAAAUGUAAUGAGUAAAAUGCAGGAAGACACUCCUCUGGUGAAGUCUCAUAACCAAGAAACCACUGUUUUCUUGGGUUCUCAUCUUCCCCAGUCCAACAGGCAUCAAGAAAUCUGGUCUGUCCUAGAGAAUGUUUGGAUUACAAUAUAUCAGAACAGCACGGAUGUGUUUCAAAGAUUGAACUCAAAUUCAGCUCUGACUGUUUCAAAAAUAGCAUCAUUUGAAGAAGCAUUUAUGUAUCUUCAAAAGUUAAUGGCAGCUGUAAAAGAUAUUCUUGAAGGAAUUCAGAGGAUUUUGGCCCCUAACAGUAAUUAUCAAGAUAUUGAGAUCCUCUAUAACUUCCUAAUCAAGUAUGAGGUAAAUAAACAUGUCACAUUUACUGCCCAGGAACUUUAUGAUUGUGUUUCUCAGACUGAAUAUCGGGAAAAGUUAACCAUCGGAUGCCGCCAGCUAGUUGAGAUGGAGUGUGCCAUGCAGCAGUGCAGUGCAUCUGUCUACGUGGGGGCCAAGAACUGGGGGUGGUGUGAAGACACGUUCGACUACAGGACCUAAGUGCUGUGACAUUACAGAGAAACUGCAUUCUUCUUUGUAACUUCAGAGGCUUUGUCUUCAUGAGUAACAGUAAUUUUCGAUCUGGUUACUUUUUUGAACCUAACCCAGAAGUUUAAGAAAUAUUUUCUAGGCACCAAAAAGUGAUUGUGUUACUGACAGUCUCAUUGAAGCUCUAAAGAGCCUAAUGGAUGCAUUGUGAAAUAAACUGUGCACUCAGCUUUCCUGGAGUGGACAGUGCCUGCAUACCUUUAUCCUAAUUCCAAGCCAGUAUCUCUAAGGAAAAGGAGCCAUCUUUCUCCUAGGGCAGGAGCCAUGUGGGCAACUGAGGAAUGCCCAGGGUGUAGUAUUAGCAUCUCUCUCAGUCCUGAAUAUAAGCAUAUGACCAGAUACUGCCAAACCCUAAAAAUUAGGACUUGACCUCAUGUUUACCACAUUCCACAAUUGAAAUCUUGUCUGCAGUUGUUUUUUAAUGAUCAAGUAUUUAUGUAGAUGGGGUAGAAAUAAUAACAGUACCAUCCCCACCUCCCUCAGGUAAUAGAAUUUUGACUUCAGCUCCUACUUCCUGUACAGCCUCUCCUCCGAGCUUGUAAUUUUUCAAUGCAUUUCUAGUAGGGAAGAGAAGUGACCCCUGUGCUGAAUUAAAUCUGAAGCAGCCUGAAUUAUUGGCAGUGACUGAUGUUUGCCACUAUCAACUGU